AUGCUUCCGGACGCUGCUCCCGGGGACGACCCCGCGGCCGGAUCAGCGGAGGCGGCGGAGAAGGUGAGGGUGAAGGUGCUGUUCUUCGCCCGCGCGCGGGAUCUGACGGGCGUCGCGGAGGCCUCCGUGGAGGUGCCCUCCGGGAGCACCGCGGGGGAGUGCCUCGGCCGGGUGCUGGCCUCGUUCCCCAAGCUGGACGAGAUCCGCCGCUCCAUGGUGCUCGCGCUCAACGAGGAGUACGCGCCCGAGUCCGCCCCCGUCGCCGACGGGGACGAGCUCGCCAUCAUCCCGCCAAUCAGCGGCGGCUGA